AACCAGUUUCCCAAAGGCUCCUCAAAUUUAGAUUUCUUGACAUGUCUAGUUUUAAAAAAAAUUGAUUUCCAGAAAAACACGCUGUUCAUUUAGAACCUUAUUUUACAAAGAGAUAGUGUGCGCCGAUAGUUGUUAUCUAAUGUUUCUGUUGUGCUUAUAACAUGUGCUUAGCCAUCAACACCAUUUUAGAUUGCAAGGACUUGUGUAUAAGUAUUUUCUUUCACAGGAUCAAAUACAUUAAUUUUUUUCUAAUAUGGAGUGCCUUACUAAAAUAAAAUGCAAUCAAAAUAUAAUAAGCUGUACUUUUCAUGUUGUAAAAAUUGCAAACACGAUGGUUAUUUUGAGCGUUGUAUUUAUUUUACUCACGUUUCAUUUGAAUGUACUGGAAGCACAACAUGAUAGCUGUUCCAGACAUACAUGCCACGCGCCAGCCUGUCGAUGCCCAGCACACAGUAUACCAGGUAAUCUUCGUCCUGACAAAGUUCCUCAGAUGGUAUUGAUAGCCUUUGAUGAUGCAGUCAACUGGGACAACUGGCAAUAUUAUCUGAGGUAAAUAAUAUAUAUUUUUGGAUCUAAAUUGAAUUGAGUUAUCUAAUAAGUUGUUUGUGUUAUCAACAAAAUCAGUGGUGAGCUAAUGGGAGUGCCAAGAGGGUGGCACUUUGGGGUUUAUAUAAAUGGUGUUUUUUGAGUGUUUUAGAGGCGCACAUACGUCAGUUCUUGACAUCAUUUUCUAAUGCACUUUUGUUUUGAUAUCAAACAACUCAUGCGAACAAUUUAAUUUCAACAGUAUUUUAGGUCAUCAGUAGUUGAGAGGCCAUUAAAACCCGACGCUUGUCCUACCGAUAUGUUAUCAUAGGAGCUUUAAGUUGUGUGUGUGGUGAGUGAUGGUGGCCUAAAAACCAUUUAAUAACAAAACAGUCAGCCAACAUUACUACUCAAAGUCUGAAAUUAAAGAGAAAACAGAAUGAGAGGUAGAUGUGGUAAAAGAGAGUGAAAAGCAAGAUAUAAGAGCUAGGGAAAGAAAUAGAAAGAUAGAGAAAUAGAGACAAAGAAAAAGAGAGUGCGAGAGAGAUAGCAGAGAGAGAGGGGGAAGAGAGAGGGGGGUGAAGAUAGAGAUGUUCUUUACAACAGUUGCAUGUACAAACAUAUUUCCAGAUGACUGUGAGAAAACAGAGAAUAUACAAAGGAGAAAAAAAAUUAUCUUAAAUCAUACCAAAUGCAGUAGAAAUAAAUAAAAUAAGGAAUAUACUUUAUUAAUGAGAUCUCGACAUGUCUAUUUAAACUAUUUAUUUUUGUGAAUAUCGUUUUGUACAUGGUAUCUUUUCGCGUAUCUCAGAAUUUCUCGGUACUGGGCCACAAAAGGGUGAAAACAUAAUCUUAAAUUUGCAACACAAACUCUAUAUACAAUUUUAAAUAUAUUGUAUAGCAUAAUUUGGAUUUGAUAUUUUGAUACCUUCAAUAAAAAUUUACGAAAAUUUCGUGUUGUUUUUCUACGAUAUUAUCGGAAAAUCGUAAAACAAAGAAUUAUCUUAUGUAAAGAAGAAUCUCUGAGCCUUUUUUCAGGUAUACAACAGCCUUUAGUGUUUUAUUUUUUUUUAAAGAAAUGUUAUAAAUCUAAUAAAAAUAAACACCCCCUUUUUUCGUAAAAUAAAAAAAAUAAUAAAUUUCCAUUUUUUGAAAGAAAAACUUAAAACAUCUUUGUUUUCGUGCCCAUGUAAAUAAAAAAAAUAUGGCUCUAUUUUUAAUAUUAAAUUUUCACGUGUGUAAAAAUUGGGUUUUGAUAUUCAUGGGUAUACUUGUGUAAAUGUACACACGUUUUGUCAACACCAUUGAUUUUCUUAAUUGGUGUUUAUAAUGUGCUUAUUUGUAAAAGAGAAUGUAUCAUCUCUUUUUCACGAAUCUAAUAAACGGGAUCUGGGACUUGAGAAUUUUAAUUAAGUUCAGGGACGUGCAAAAAUGUGUUGGUGCGUUCGUAGGGGCUAACAUCCUCUGGCUGAUUUUAUUAAUUUUUAUUAAAACCCAUGGGUUGAAGGGGUGGUGUUGGGAUUUGGUCCUUUCAUUUUGCACCAGGCGUAGCAAGAUACGCCUGAGAAUAAAGUAUUGAAUUUGAUAAAUAGUUUGUCUUCUUAGGUACACAUAUUAGGAGUAGGGAAUAGGGUGAGUACAUUUUUACGUGGAUGAAAAUAUCUAUAAUUCCAAUAAUAUUACCGUCGUGAAAAUAAGGUGUGACAUUCUCUUUUUACAAAUGAAUAUAUGUUUAACAAUUAAGAAAAUAUAGUUUAAUGGCGUUAAGAAAGCGUGAAUACAUUUAUUUAAUUUUACCCAUACAUCAAAUAAAAAAUAUCAAAACCCAAUCAUUUUACACAUGUGAAAAUUUGAUAUUAAAAAUAGGGCCAUAUUAUUUUUUCUUUACAGUUCAUGGGCGUGAACAUAAAUGGGUUAAAUUUUCUUUUAAAAGUGAAAAUACAGUGAAACCUCUCAUAACGAGUACCUCUCAUAACGAGUAAUUCGCAUGACGAGCAAAACAAAUGUGAAGAAGUUGCCCCCUUAUCGAGCGAUAUUUCCCAUAACGAGUUACGCAGAAAGGGGAAGUCACGUUUUCCUGACAUUCAUUUGUGAGCCGGGACUUCCGGUCUGUUAGUGUAUUGUUUUCGUGUGUGAUCAUCAGUUUUUACAAAUUUUGUAUUCAGACAGCAUUCGUAAUUUUUUUAUGUGCAAAGUGCAAUAACAUGUGCUAAAAUGUCUUCGAAGAAAAAAACACAAGAAGACAAUCAUAAAAGAGAAAAAAUAACUGUUGAAAUGAAAGGUAAAAUCAUUGAAAAGCGAGAACAAGGUGUGAGCGUGGCUAAUCUAGCGCGCACAUACAAUCGGUCAACAUCAACGAUCUGCACUAUUCUCGAGAACAAAAAAAAAAUUAAGGAGAUGGAUGCUUCAAGGGGAAACUGUUUCAUCGUACAUUGAGAAGCAUCACCCUAAUAAAGAGGUGGCUGGCUUAUUCGUGCUACAAAUUUAUUCAAUGAUAAUGCUGUCGGCAAAAACCAAAUGUCUUUAGAGAGUUUGAGAGUUUUCUAUUUUAAAAGGAUUAAUUAUUUGUCAUAUAUUUAUUUCAUAUUUUUAUUUACGUUUUUUAUUUAAAAUAUAAAUUGUAUUCCAAGUUGUUACACUCCAUAAGUAAUUUUAUUUGAAUAAAUGUUAAUAACAUUUUUUAAAAAAUUAGUAUUUUUUCAACAUGGAUCGCAUUAUCGUAUUUUACAUUGAUUUGUAUGGGAAAAAUUGUUUCGUUUAACGAGUGUUUCGCUUAACGAGUAAGAGUCUGGAACGAAUUAAACUCGUUAUGGGAGGUUCCACUGUAUAUAUAUAUAUAUAUUUUUUUUUUAUUUGAAAAGUAAAGUGGGUGAAUAAUUUUAUGAGAUUAAUCAAAUUUCUUUAAAUUAAAAAAAGGCACUUAAGGCUGUUACAAAUUUGAAAAACUAUUAAGAUAUUCUACUUUAGAUAAAAUAUUUUUUUUUUUUUUUACGAUUUUUCUAUAAUAUAGCACAGAACCGAGGGAAAUGCGUGAUUAAAUUUUUUUUAUGAAGAUACGAAUACAUCAAAUUUGUUCAAUUUAUAAUAUAUUUAAAACCUUAUUUAGAUUUUUUUUUUUUUUUAAAUUUAAUUUCAUGUCUUUCAAUUUUAGAGGCAAAAAUUUGUAGUUCAGAAGCGCAAAAAUUUUUUUUUUUUUUAAGAUUUUUUUAUAAUAUAGAAAAGAACAGAGGGAAAUGUGUGAUUAAAUUUUUUUUAUGAAGAUACGAAUAUAUUAAAUUUUUUUAAUUUUUAAUUUAUUUAAAACCUUAUUUAGAUUUUUUUUUUUUUUUUAAAUUUAAUUUCAUGUCUUACAAUUUUAGAGGCAAAAAGUUGUAGUUCAGAAGCGCAAAAGUGGGUUGCAAAUGGUGGAUAUUACAUAGCAGAUAAAUAUUACUAAAAAAAUGUUUUUAGAAACGUUAACAUAAGUACAUAAACACUUUUGUAAAAUGAUAUUCUGAUGAGUUUUUGCAAUAGCAGUUAGAAAAUAUCUUAAGAUGUCUGCCAUUAUUAUUCCAGUAACAUCGGGACAUACAUUCUAGUCUAUUUUAAUGUAUAAAUAUAUUUAUUCUAUAUAGAACUGCCAUUUAAUAAUUUACUGUCAUGUAUUGGAUUUAUUGUUUCAUUAUGGAAAUUAAUUCAUUGAAUUCAAUGCAUUCUUCAUAUCGGAAACAUGAAGAUCUCUUUUUAUUUUUAGUCCUUCUAUGAAGUAGAAAAAAGUGUGACACCAAAACUUUUAAUGUGAUUAGAUAAGGCGCAUGUCAAAAAAUAAGGUUGGGAAACACAGUCGAAGAGCCAGCUGCAAAGUUUCGUUCGAUGACAUUCAAUCAAGAAAAUGAUAUCUCCUCCCCCAUGAAAUAGUAUUGGACAAGCAGGAAUGAUAUUCUAAACAUACUGAUAAAUUGAGGGGAAGUUAGAUUUUGGGAGUUUCCUCGGUUGGUAUUUAUUCAAGGUGUGCAUCUAUCGAAUACAUACUUUUUUUCAGGCUCUUCCCACCAGACGGCAGAAGAAAAAAUCCUAACGGUUGUCCAAUAUCAUCGACAUUCUUUGUAUCUCACAACUUUACUGAUUACUGCAUGGUACGCAAACUCUAUGCUCGGGGAAUGGAAAUAGGUGACCACAGUGUUACUCACAAACUACCAAGAUUGUGGUGGACUGAUGCCGAUAAAGCCGCUAUGGAAUUUGAGGUAUGAAAUUAGAACCAGGAUUUUUGUACUUAAGCUAUUUGCUGUUACUUGGAAAAUUGCUAAUUAUUCAUUAAUAAAAAUAAUUUUAACUAGUUGUAAAAUUCAUUAUAACUGAAUUUGGAACUAAUUAUUAUUUUUAAAUUAUUUCUUACGUUGGUGCAUGAGAGUAAAACGGUGUCGCUUAAAGUGGCGUAGGAAGGGGGUGUGGAGGGUGUGGUCCACCCGGGGCGGGACUUUUUUCUUUAUAUGGUGUGGUGGCUUUUUCGUCAAACUGUAGAGAGUUUUUUUUCUGGGUUGGGGUGGUAAUAUUCCUUGCGAGUAAUGAUAAAUCAGAGCACCUAGGUAUGAGUUACAUUUAAAUGUUUUUCAACGGAGUAGAUUUACUUUGGAGAAACCCACCUUCUUUCUCCGCGUAUAGUCUAUUUUGAAUCUCUAUAUUUUCCUGAGCUCGGUCUUCCAUGAUGCAGUUUGAACAAAAACAUUGAUUUGGGAUGCAAAGCUGUUAGAUCUGGUGCUUUGUCGCAGUAGCACUGAACUGGGGAGUGAUUCGGUCUCAUCUGUGUCACCAAACUGUCACAUUGGCACUUCAGUUUCCACCAAGAAUAGUUUUUGCAUGGUAUGAACAUGACAUAGUGCAAGCCCCUAGCUUUUAAGGUUUCAGCCCACUGGCAAAACCACUUGUCCUGAAGUAAUCUAUGAUCUUAAAAAAAAAAGAGAACUCGGGUUUUGAUUUAUUUGUAAAAGGCAUGACAACUCACACUCAGGAACUCAACAGUUAUUCAUACCGCACAAUAAUUCGACGAAAGUCUUACUACAGACUUAUUUCAGGGAACAAAACAAAAAACGCCAACAAGGCUUUUCAAGACUGAAAAAAAAAUAUAUGUACGAUGAAUGAAAAAAAAUUCCAUUUACUGGGAUCAAUAAAACUAUAUUCUCUCAACUAGAUCAUGGUACUAAGCCUUGCCUUAUCAAAUCAUCCUCUUACUCUUUUACCGACGGGCUUUUAGGCAUCACAUUUAAAAUAUUGACUUCAUUGGAAUUUCAUUAAUCUAAGCUAAUCUACAAAAGGAAUUUUUCUCGCCUCCAUCAAGGAGGGGGGGGGGGGCAGAGCAGUGGCAUUCCCGGAAGGCCUCUAUUGCUGUGGGACACCCGGCUACCCCGAUGGCGGAAUUAGCUUCCUCAUAAAGAUGUGGACGCCACAAGGAAAUUGUCCAUAGUUCAGGUUCCUAUAACCACCCAUGUUUUCACAAGCCCCUGUAGACGCAGAUUGGAGAUUUUCAUUGGCAUCCUCUUGGGAAGGUUUCCUCGGCGCUAUCGUCCACAAAAAUCCUGGUUAUUAUUAUUAACUAAACGGAAAUGAGCCCUCCUGGCUCCUAAAGUAGAAAUUUCUCAUAUAAUGCUAUCAGGUAGCGGGAAGAAACAACUACAAAGAAGACUAACGGGAGUUUUCUUUUUCUUUAGGUGACACAUUCUUGUCAUCUACGUUCCAUUAGCAGCAGCUAUAAUGCUGGCAACUAAAACUGUGCAUAAACAUCCUAAAGACUCUUCAAGAAGCCACGAACAUAGUGUAUAUUUUAGUCUGUGAGUUCGUUCUCCUGGAGGCAAACCUGAGUCAAAGUUGGCUGCUUCAGAUGCAGUCUGUCAUUGUCCCUUGUCCUGAUUGUGUUUAUACAAAGCUUUUAUUUUUUACUAAAGAACCAUGUUGUUUUAUAAUAAUCAUUAACAGUAUUAUAAUACAAAACUCUUAAUUUGUUUAAAACUUCUGCAUUAGUAAAUUAACUUUUUGUCACGUUGCCAAUUUGACGUUCCAGAGCGUAAUUUCACACAAACCAAAACAUCGAUUUAGACUGUUGCCCGGACGUGUCAAUCGAUUUGUGGUGCUGAGUUAAAAUUAGAAUCAGGGCCAAGUAGUUAAAAAAUUGGUUUUUUAAUUCUGUCAAUUCUGUCCAUUCUGCAAAUUCUAGCUUCUUUAUAUUUUCAAUAAGAAACAUUGCAAACAUUGAAGGGGUAGUUGGUUCCCCUUUUUAUCUCAUCUUCUUUACUAUUGUCAAGCGGCUCAAGGUGUCCCAGCACGGGCAUACUAAAAACACUAUUUAUGGACAAUGAAUAGACAGCCAUGUGUCCUAAGGUGGACUGUACCCAGUGCCUCAAACAUCAUAAUCCGACCAAGCAUCAUACCAAGGAAAAAUUGAUUUAAAACAUAUGAUAAUACAUACAAAACCAUGUCCUUUGAGUAACAAAUCAAGAGGGAUGGCUUAAAAUCAAAUCAUCAAAAUUAUAAUUUAAGUAUUAAAUACAUUUAUUGAAAUUAGACCAAAAAUAAACUGUACUUUCAAUUGAGACAGACCGAGUGUGAUUUUUUAAGUCGGCCUAAACCGAAACCAAACUGAAAGUUUAAAAUUACUUUACCCAAAUCCGAAAUAAAAAUCUUAGCGAUUUCGAUAUUUCGAAACUCGUUCGCGCACACCUUCUGCGUUCAUCAAAAUAAUGAUGGGGGAAAAUAUCGAUAUUUAUAUUAUUUUUUCACAAAUGAUAUUAUCGUGAAUAUUUAUAAUAGCUAUAGUUUAGCUUUCACACUUUGAAUUAAAAAGUAAUUUAAAAUGUUAAAAAUGCAUCAAAGUAAGAUGGAAAGAGAAAUUCUUUAUUAGGGGGAGGCAAAAUUUGUGAAAGAUAUACGCUUGAGAGCCCAUUGCUUUUGUAAUAUAAAACCAACGCUACCUAGACAUAUUUGUAUCGAUCAAAAGCUUAACCUAUAUAUUUUUUAAUUGGGUUGACCUACUACAAUGUUCAGAUAUAAGCCUCGAAGGAACUUUUUCUUCCGCUAACCGUCAGUUUUAUUGAAACACGCUUUCUCGACAUUUAAAUUUUUCGUUUAUCCGCAAUUAUCAUUUAUCGGCUAAAUUUAUAUUUGAUUCCAAAAAAUAAACAAAAGUCGAACGAAUGUUAAUCUGCGUUUAUUAUCGUGUGACAGUAGCAGGCGUGGUUACACUGGAAUUCCAAAAAUUGUACAAUGUAUUGUUUGAAUAGUACUUAACCAUCCCAAAAUCGUAUAAUAUCGUAUUGUAAGAUUAAACAUUAUAUAUAAUGCAUACAAUAACUAUUCCUAUCGCAUGUCUAAUAAAGGUCAUUUUUCAAAGUAGAUCCCUGACGUUUUAUAGACAUUUUAUAUACAGUAGAUCAUUGCAAAAAAGAUCUUCCCGUCAUUUACCACUUUCAAAGACGAAAAAAGUGGUGGCGGAGAGGAAAUUUUGGACGCCCACCAAAGUCACUCGAACAAAAGGGGUAGGGGGUAGGGAGGAGGAUGAGCCCCAUUACCAGAAUUGUUGGGUUUUUUUUAAAUUCAAAACGCAUGGAUGCCAUUUUGCAUAUACCUGAAUAUAGAGUUGCAUCAUUCUAGAUUUAAUCGCAAUGCUUGUGGAAAAAAUUAGGUUCUCCUUGCCUAGUUGGUUUACAUUUUAAAAAAUCAUUUUAUUAGUUUUAAUGAAUAAUGGUGUCUGUCGUCCACAAAAAAUGAUUUAUAAUGUUGUUUUUAUAAAAUAUGUUUCGUUAUAUGUAUGUAUAAAUGUGCGUUUAUAUUCGUUUUUACAUGUAGAGAUGAGUUCAUGUGUGAUACAUCUGGCAGGCCAUAAAAUUUAACGUGGUGGGCCACGGGUUGCCCAGCCCCGCAUUACGCCUAGGAGCCUGACUUAAUUUUCCGUUAACAUAUUGUGGAGAAGGAGAGAGAAAUGAUGGUACAAAACUGGGGUAUUAACAAUUGUACAGCUGCUUAGUGACUUUUAAAAUAGAUUUCAAAUGCCGCUUACUAGAUUUGAUAGAAUAUGUCAAAAUCUAACGCUGCUAUGUGGAGUAGUUAAGAUGCAUUUAAAAAAAUACAUAGUCUUGAAAGAGUAGCGCCGAAUUCCACGCUGAUGGUAGCAUUCCAAUCAUCCACGCAAUGUGUACGUUCGUCGAUGUAGCUAAAUUUGAAAGCCGGAGCUCAUUGGACAGUCGGACCUCUAUAACGUACACACAAAGUUAAUUUUAAAAAAUCAUAUUUUCACACCUCCUUCUGCAUCCUCUCAUCGUAAGGGAAAAUAAAUAUAUUGCCUAUGUACAACAUGCUUAUGACAGCGUGAGGGGGGUCACCGGGUCACCAGAAUGAAUCUUCAUUUUAUGCAUAAAUUUUGCAGUAAUUUUCCUCAUAGUCUCUAAUAGAGCCAUCUGUCACCUGAAUAUCUGUUAAAUCCAUGAUUUCUUAAUUGGCUAUUAAGACUAUGUAAAUAUAAUCACAAUGAUUUGCUUUUUAAUAAAUAGCUCAUUAGAUAUCACUAUAGCAGGGGUGGCCAGACCUGUAGUAACUGAGAGCCAUUUUUAAAAUAAAAUAAAAAUGUUGAGAGCCGCAUUGAAACACUAUGGGUCACGACCAAUGUUCCCUUUAAUCUGCGCGGCUGCGCGGCCGCGUAGCAAUCUCACAGACGCCACGCAGCAGUUUCGAGUACCGCGCAGCUAAUUUACACGAAAUAGCAAAACGAGGUAUGUGGAAGCUUGAAAUAUGAUAACAGGACAAAAAAUAAAGACGUUUAGGCAUAAAGCCUUCCUCAGCCAACAGUAGAAAUGAAAAUAUAACAGAAAAAAUGUCUAAUUUCCACUUAAGUGUGUGUUUGUGUCUGUAGGCUGUAAAAUUUUGCGCACAAAAAAAUUGAUACUGUAAAAAUUUGCACACAACUUUAUGAUUUUGCACACGAAUCAACAAACUUUAGACGGAACAUUGGUCACCACCCCACUCACAAUUAAAAAUUUCUUUUGUGAUUUAUUUUAAAAAAUUACUUUUUAUUGGAAUUUAAUGAUUUAAACGUUUCAAUUGUUUUAACCCUAACCGUAUGUUGAAGAAAUAUAUGUGUUACAGUUACACAGUUGAAGAAAUGUACGCGUUACAGUUACACAAUUAACAAAUAUUUAAAUAUGUAAAAUUUAUGAAUAGAAACACACUGCAUAUAUACUCAUAAUUAUAGUGAAUAUUAAUUGUUAUGAUUCUGCUGAGAAGCCUUUGAACUAGCAAGUUUCCUUAAAUCUGGUAAUAGCUAGUAGUUGUGGUGCGAAGAAGUUUUGUCAGAUGCUGGUUACUAGUUACUGCUCGAUGCUUUUAUUUGAUGAACUUCAUUGUGGAGUACAAAGAUUCACAACAGUUGGUUGUACCGAAAAUGGAUAUAAGUCGGCAACUAGCUUUCUUAAAUUGAGGAUAUUUUACUUCUGGCACGAGCUUCCAGAAAUCCAUCACAGAUUGUGACUUGUGUAUCAUCGCCAAACUCUGAUCUUCCUGUAACUCUAACAGCAACAUUUCAGCAGCAGAAGGUUCCAUUUCAGCAGCAGAAGGUUCCAUUUCAGCAGCAGAAGGUUCCAUAACGAUGUUCAUGGGAUGCUGGAAAUCAUCUUUAAUUACGUCUAUCAUGAAUGGAUUUAUGAGAAAAGCGGAACAGGAUUUUAGUUGGUGCAAGUCCUUAAACCUGGCUUGGAAAUCUUCCAGUAAUCCUUGUAACCUAUCUCUAUAUGCCCCAAGCUUCUAAGUUGAAUUCCAUCAUCAGAGUAUGAGCUAACUCUAUUCUGAAGACGAGGAAAGUGCUUAAACUCCCUUGACAGGAUAUCUCUUUGAAGAAUCUGUAUCUUGUUCUGAAAACUAAAAACAUCCUUUAUGAGAUCCGAAAUUAGAUUAUCCUUUCCUUGCAACGACAGGUUCAGAAUUCUGUAGAUGCUGCAUAAUGUCAGUUAGAAACAUCAAAUCUUCCAUCCAAUCUUCGUCUGCCAGCUGUGGAUAAGACUUGUCUUUUCUGAAAGGAAAGCAGUAAUGGGUUCAAGCAAGUCUACAAAUCUGUUUAAAACAUUGAUGGUAGACAAUCACCUAAAAACACAGUGGAAUGAAUGGUCAUCUGGUUUGUCUUCGAGAUCUAGCUCACCAAUGAAGUUUAUGAAUUGUCAAUGAUUUUUUGCACUUGAACGAAUGAAAUUCACAAUUUGUAGAACCGUUGUCAUUUCACUUUUGAAUUUAAAAUAUUUGGCUGCAAGAUUUCUCUGUGAAUGAUGCAGUGUACAGGAAAAAUAUCCGGAUAUUUUGUAUCAGUCGUUAAAAGCCCCCACCAGACCUACAUUUUUACCAAGCAUUGACGGUGCUCCAUCGGUUGCCACACUUACAAGGUUAUUUAGUGGUUCACCAGCAUCCAAUAGUGUUUUAUCAAGGGCAGUCUUGACAUCGAUACCGCGAGUGGUAUCUUUCAGUGCCACUAAGCUACUUCUUUUACAGCCACGUCUAAUGAAACAUAACGAACGAACGCCGCCAAUUGUGGCGUAUCUUGAGUAUCUGUUGAUUCAUCAAGAGCCAAACUGAAUGCUACACAGUUCUUUAAAUCGUCGUCAUUUUUUUCCUUCAAUAUCAUCGUUAAUGUCUGAAAUACGUCUCUCAGAAGUGUGGCGUGACAUUGAAAUUUGUGUUAUCGGUCGCCGAAGUCUAGAAUUAUUUGGAUCUAAUAUUGAAAUUACUUCCUCGAUAGUCUUCUUAAUAAAGACCCAUUAGAAAAAUGUCAUUUAUCAUUUAGCACUAGCAAUAUUCAAAGCGGUGGCAUAACUUGCCUCAGUUGAAGUGACACCUUCCUUGCUGAAAGCAGGAAGUAGUGUCUGCUGCUGACACAUUCCAGACUUUAACCCAGGCAGCUUGCUUUUUCUUAAUUCAGAAUGCAGUGGAUACCGCGAUGCAAUCUCUUCAUGACUUUUUUCAUAGUGUCGCUUCAAAUUGCUAGCUUUGUAAUUUGCUAGCGGUGUUUAGCAGAUGAGGCAAAUUGGCCUACUGUCUUUAUCGAUAAAUGCAAAGUCCUCUUCCCAUUCUUGUAGAAAACUUCUAUUUUCUUCUUUAUAUUUUUGUUUCCUGCAACUGGUUGCCAUAUUUGAUUUAAACUUUUAAAUAAUAAGUUACUAACUUUAGUAGGACUAACAGUAAUGGUCAAUACUUUGAAAUGCGGAUUUUUACCGGAACCGGAACCGGAACCAGAAAUUUAACAGUUCACAUCACCAACCAAUCAGAAACCAAUCGCUCCCUUAACUUUUAAAAUUUAAAUCAAUCCCAAAUUAUUUUCAACCCUUUGUUCAGUCAAGAUUUUUUUUUAAACUUUCAUUUAUUUUUUUAUAUUAUAUAUUUCAAACAAAAAAAAAGUUUUAAUUUCAUAAAUUGUUCGUGAGCCGCAAUGUGAACACAGAAGAGCCGCAUGCGGCUCGCCAGCCGUGGUUUGGCCUCCGUUGCAUUAUAGUAAUACUUAGGCUAGUUAAAACACACUGUAGUCCACCAUGCGUCUCUCCGUGUUGGUGAUGUAAUUAUUUCUUUUGGCGACCAGCCUCCCCACCCUCAUUAGUGGAGCAAAAUAGAUUUCAAAUAGAGCUAAUUAAAUAUUAUGUCGGAACCCAAUGUUCAUGUGCAGAACAGUUUAAAUUGCAUUUAAAAAAAUUAAAAUUAAAAUUCGUCCAGACGAAUAAAAUAAUCCCAAAUAGAUCAUAAAACUACGUCGCUCGCGAAUUUAAAGCAAACAUAAUAAUGGAAAUAUUACCAUCCUCUAGUACUAUUCACAUAUGACAACAUUUAUUGGAUUGCCAGCUGACAGACAGGGUGACAGUCUAACUUCUGAGGAGACCGAAAUCUUCAAACCCUUUCGACCGAAACCAAAACUACGGCGAAAAAUAUUAAAUGAUUGGUAAUUUGCUGUUUGCAAAAUAAAAAUAAGGAUCUUUUUUUUUCUUUUUUUUUAUGGAACCUUUUAAAAAAAAUGGUCUGCAAAAUUUAAAGAACAUACCAUGAUUUCAACAAAAAUAAAUUCGCUUUUCAGGUCUUGCAUAAUCAAUUUUAUUUUGAUAAUCAAACUUCAAGGGCUGCAAAAUAAUAAGCAAAUUCUACAUAAAAGUAAUGAAUUUUUUAAUGUGCACCAGUAUUCUUCAAGAAGGGAAACGUGGAAAACUAAAUCUGACUGAGCAUUUCAAAAUUAUUUUCAAUGUUCGGAUCAACUUUGUUCUGUGCAUCAGCAUUCUCUAUAAGUCACUAUACAUAUCCCGAAUUGUUGAUGUGAAUUUAGAGGCAGUGAGGUUUGCAAAGUGGCGUUUGCAUGGGUUAGUCCCUCCAAGAUUUUCGCCUCCCUUUUUCCAUAUUGCCUCCACUCAAUGUAGAGAAGAAAAAAUGCCAUCCGGGGUGGACCAACCACCCUCCGCCCACCCUUCAUACGUAAUAGGGUGUGCUUUGCGUAAAAGAAUAGAACUAAAACAUUUUUGAGCCAGCUAAUGAAAAGGAUUCUCAAUUUUCUCACAAAAGUUCGGUUAAACAUAUCCCAACAGAAUAUUUUUUCAUUUCAUUUAUUAUUAGUAGUAGUUUAUAAAAUUUUGCGAAUUUUACUUCUCAUACGCCACAUUGUUUCCUUUCUUUUUAUUUCUGGCCCCUCGAGGCGUUAUAUAAUUUUUUAAAAUAAAAUUGAAUUCUCUAAAUACAGGUGCUUGGUCAGCGAGCUAAUUUGGCAGAGCAGGCCCACAUUCCUACAAGUGAAAUACGAGGAUGGCGCAGUCCAUUUUUGCAGCCUGCUGGGGACGAUUUGUUUUCUGUUCUUUAUGAAAAUAAUUUUACGUGAGUAACUCCAAUGCAUAGUAUUAAAAAUAGUUGUUGUUUUUUCAUUAAGGAAUAGUUGAAUGCAUCAGCCAUAUCUUUUGUAAGUUACAUUUCAUAUAAUUUUUUUUUAAAAAGUAAAUGUAGAUUUUUUGAACAGUUGAACAUCGAUUAUUAAAUUUCACUGGUUAGACCAGCGGUUCUCAACCUGUGGGUCGUGACCCCUUUGGGGUCACAUGACUCUUUCCCAGGGGUCGCCUAAGACCAUCUGAAAACACCUAUACUUAUAGCUAUGAAGUAGCAACGAAAAUAAUUGUGUGGCUGGGGGUCGCAACGACACGAGAAACUUUAUGAAAGGAUCGCGGCAUUUGGAAGGUUGAGAACCACUGGGUUAGACCCUCGUUGUCAAAAUUUAAUUCUCUAUAAAAUAUAAUGGACGCUGCGAAACUGUUUUACAUUCAUAUACACCUGAUAAAAUAUUCUGCUAAAAUUAUUACCAUGGAACAAACUAUUACAGAUAACUUUUUUUAAGAAACUGCCAGUUUGGGUUUGGGAGAUUGGUAUCUCUAUAUCAGGGGGAGGGGCAACUUUCGGCCCACUAGAUCUUGUAAUGGGGCCCACGAGAUCUUCCGGGGAAAAGAUAAUGUUUUCUUAAAAUUUUCAAAUUUUUGAAUGAAAAAAUUUCCCCAAAAAUUAAUUAUGACACGGUAAAAUUUUCUAACUGUAAUAAUAAUAUUAACAGCGAAUUUAUUCUAAAUUAAUGAAGCCCGUAUAUAGGCCUUACUUAAGAAUAUUUAAUGAGAUCGCAUUGCUCUGAAAAAUCUGUUCCAAGCAACACUGACAAUCGAUAAUACCGGGAUAAAAAAGGCAGUAAUUGCGUGAUAUUUUCUACCUGCUAUUGGGAAGAUUCAUCAGGGUUACUUUUUAAAAAAAAAAAGAAAGAAAAAAAGAGGUAUCAAUGUAAUAAUACUUACUUUCUAACAUCAUUUACUUUUCUUAAAUAUUUAUCUGCUAUAUAAUAUCCGCCAAACAAACCCCUUUUUUUUUUUUUUGCGCCCCUGAUCUCCAUUUCCUUCUCCUAAAAUUAUAAAUCAUGACCUUAAAUUAUAAAAAAAAAAAAGAAAUAAAAAAAGAGGUAUCAAUUUAAUAAUACUUACUUUCUAACAUCAUUUACUUUUCUUAAAUAUUUAUCUGCUAUAUAAUAUCCGCCAAACAAACCCCUUUUUUUUUUUUGCGCCCCUGAUCUCCAUUUCCUUCUCCUAAAAUUAUAAAUCAUGACCUUAAAUUUGAAACAAAAAUCUAUAAACUGUUUUUACUUUAUUUUAUAUUAACGGAAUUUGAUAUAUUGAUAUCUUAAUAAAAAUCUUAAGUAAACUUUUGCCUUGUUUUUCUAAUAUAUUAUCGGAAAAUUGUAAAACAAAGCUCUUUUGAAUUAUCAUUUUUCUCAAGAAGAAUCCAUUAACUGUUUUUUUUAUAUCUGUCACAGCCUCAAGGAGUAUUUAUUUUAUUAAUUUUUUUUAAUAAUCUUUUUUUAAAAAUAAUGUUAUUAAUAUUAUAAAAUAUACAACCACUUGACUUUUCGCAAAGUAAAAACAAAAAUAUAUUUUAAUUUUUUUUUAAAGAAAAUCUUAACUCAUCAUUGUUAACUCCCAUAAACUAUAGACUAUACAGGAAGAACAAAAUAUUGCUCUGCUUUAAAUAUUAAAUUUUCAAGUGUAUAAAAUGAUUGGGUUUCAUAAUAUGUUUAUUUGAGGUAUGGGUAUACUUAUGUAACUAUAACCACGUUUGGUCAACGCCAUUGAACUGUAUUUUCUUAAUUUUUACACAUAAUUUUAUUUGUAGAAGGAGAAUGUAACACCUCUUUUUUUACGACUGUAAUAUUAUUGGAUUUAAAGAUAUUGUCGACAACGUAAAAAUGUACAAUCUAUUCCCCUACACCUGAUAAAUGUGCCCAAUUAGGUUAAUUAUUUAUCAAACUCAUUCCUUUUUCCGAGGCGUAUUAUGUGCUGCCUGGGCCAGUAUGAACUAUCAAAUUCUACUUCCCCGCAGUUUUUUAAAGAAAAAACAAUAAUAAAAUCAUCCAGGGGGUAGUAGUCCCCUACGUACGCACCCACACAUUUUUGCACGUUCCUGAACUUAAUUAAAAUUUUAAAGUCUCGAUUCCCUUUUAAAACACAUUGUUUUAUGAUUUCUUUUUUUUUUAAAUUAUUAUUAUCAUUUUACGCACCAUUCCGUAUAUUAAAAAAUAAUGGUUAUUAUUUUAACAUUAAGAAUUAUUCCAAAGUACAAAUUUGUCACAUAAUUGGUUUUUGAGAUAUUGAUAUCCAAAUGAACCAGUUGCAACUUCAUAUGGUUUGUUGGUAUUUGCUUGAGUGAUAAGUGAAUUAAUGAGUGGUAUUUGGCUAGGAAGUUUCGCUGCACUAAUUUAGUUAAACGGUAUUUUCUUUUUUUUAAAUCUUAAACGUUACGUUUUUUAUUUUUUUAUAAAUUUGUUAAAAGUACAUUUAUGGAAUAAAAAAAUAAGUAAAACGGAUUUAAUGUGUAUAUUGUUAAGAGAUUAAUAACAUUUCUGUAAAAAAGACACUCAAGGCUGUUACGGACUUGAAAAGCGGUAAAGACAUUCUUUUUUUAGACAAAAGAAUUAUGUAAUUUCCAAUUUUCCGAUAAUGUACAAGAAAGCAAAGGUUUUGUUAAAUUUUUUUAUAAAGGUGUUAGUAUAUUAAAUUCAUUUAACAUAAAAUUUAUUUAAAAUUAUAUAUCGAGAUUUUGUUUUAAAUUUAAGAUUAAGUUUUUACAAUUUUAGAGAAAAGAAAAUUUAGUUUAGGGACACGAAAAGCGUCAGUGGAGGCCCAAAAAAUAACAAUAAAAAACAUAUGACAUCUGAAGUAUUUAUCUGGCGUAGAAAUCAGCCGUCAGUGAACUCUUUCAUUGACAACAAUUAUUUAAUCAGUGAUCAUUUAGAUUUCAUAAUUUAAGGUCAUGUUAAGAGGGGAACAAAUUAGUGUAGGGGCCCAAAAAGGGGUGGUGUAGGCGUAUAACAGGCCUAUAUAGCAGGAAAAUACUUAAUAAAAUGUUUAAUGGUGUUAGAAACGUAAAUAUUAUUGCAUAGGUACUUUUUUUAAAAUACGGAAUUGUGAUGAGUUGUCGCAAUAGCAGGUGGAAAUUAUCGCAAAGUUCCAGUCAUUAUUAUCUAGAUAACAUCGGGUGAUAUCCUCUAGUAGUCUAAUAAUCAAACAUAUAGUAAGAUAAAGCGAAAACAUUUUAUUUUAUUUUUUAAAAGCACAUUUAAAUUUAUUAGAUUUUUGUAAAAUAAUACAAAAUCGCUAUCACAGUUUAUAACAAUCUGAACGUAUUUAAAAUAAUUCGUCGUAUUUUAAGUGUUAUAAGCGUUACCCUAGCUUAUUCUUAUAUUUACUAGUAUAUACUAGUUACCGGGAAAAUAAUGGAAAAUAUUUUGCGCUACUUCCACUUGUACUUACCAAUUUUCAACUCCUAAAAAUCGAUUUUUUACGAAUGUACCCUCAUCGGGUUUUGGUGUAUUCAUCCUCCUGUAAAGUAAAUUAAAAAAAUUCUAAGUAUAAGAAUCGGUAGAGACCGACCGAAAGUGAUUUUCUGAUUUCGGCCGAAACCGACAAAAGGCCGAAAGUUAAAAAUGACUUUCGGCCGAAACCGAAGCCGAAGCUGAAACCGAAAAUGAAAUAUUUUGAUAUUUUGAAAUUGGUUCCCGCAUACACUCUGCAUACAUCGAAAAUGAUGGAGGAAAGUAUAAAUAUUUUACAUUCUUUUCAUAAAAUAUGAGAUAAUCAUGAAUAUUAAUAAAUAAGCAUGUAAUAUAGGGGUCUCAAACUCACGACCUGCAAGCCAUUUGUUUUUAAAGAUCGUUUAGUUUGCUCUUAAAGAUCGUUUAGAUUAUUGUUAAUGGUCGGUUAGUUUGUUCUUAAAGAUCGCUGAGUUUAUUCAUUAAGAUCGCUUAGUUUGUUCUAAAUGAUCGCCAAUUUAAUCUUAAAGAUCGCUUAAUUUGUUCUUAAAGAUCACAUAGUUUGUUGUUAAAGAUCCUUUAGUUUGUUCUUAAAUUUUGCUUAGUUUGUUGUUAAAGAUCGUUCAGUUUUUUGUUAAUGAUCGCUUUAUUUGUUCUUAAAGAUCGUUUAGUUUGUUGUUAAUGAUUGGUUAGUUUGUUCUUAAAGAUCAGUUAGUCUGUUCAUAGAGAUCGCUUAGUUUGUUCAUAAAGAUCGCCUGGUUUGUUGUUAAAAAUCUUUCAGUUUUUUGUUAAUGGUCGCUUUAUUUGCUCCUAAAAAUCGGUCAGUUUGUUCUUAAAUAUCGCUUUAUUUGUUCUUAAGGAUCGGUUAGUAUGUUCAUAGAUCGCCUAGUUUGUUGUUAAAAAUCGUUUAUUUUGUUUUUUAAGAUCUCUAAGUUUUUUCUUAAAGAUCGCUUAGUUUGUGUCAUUAAAAGAUCGUUUAAUUUGUUCAUAAAGAUCUUUGAAUUUGUUCUUAAAUAUCACUUAGUUGUUCUUAAAGAUCAUCCAGUUUGUUCUAAAGAUCAUUUAGUUUCUUUUAUAGAUAUUUUAGCGUGUUAUUAAGAAUCGUUUAGUUUGUUCUUAAAGAUCGCUUAAAUUGUUCUUGAAGAUCGCUUAAAAUGUUGUUGAAGAUCGCUUAGUUUUUUCAUAAAGUUCGCUUAGUUUGUUCUUAAAGUUAAAUGAUUUUGUUCCUAAAGAUCAAUAGUUUUUGCUUUGGGAUCAUUAAUUUUGUUCUUAAAGACCUUUUGUUUAUUCCUAAAGAACAUUUAGUUUUCUAUUAAAGAUCGCUUAGUUUAUUCUUAUAAAUCAUUCAGUAUACUAUUAAAGAUCAUUUGUUUUGUUCUUAAAAAUCAUUUAGUUCGUUCUUAAAAAUUGUUUAGUUUGUUCUUUAAGAUCGUUUAGUUUGUUAUUAAAGAUCGCUUAGAUUGUUCUUAAAGAUUGCUUAGUUAGUUUUAAAGAUCGCUUAGUUUAUUCUUAUAAAUCAUUAAGUUUACUAUUAAAGAUCAUUUGUUUUGUUCUUAAAAAUCAUUUGGUUCGUUCUGAAAAACCGUUCAGUUUGUUCUUUAAGAUCGUUAAGUUUGUUCUUAAAUGUUGCUUAGUGUGUUGUUAAAUAUCGCCUUCGCUGAGUAUUAGAUGACUGAAAACUUCAGUCACUUUCGGCCAGAUGGCCGAAAGUCUAAGUCAAUUUCGGCCGAAACCGAAAAAACCGAAAGUUAACUUUUGUCUUUUCGCCGAAACCAAAAUUAAGCCGAAAGUUAACUUUUCAGUUUUGACCGAAACCGAAACUUGGUUGAAAGUGAUAAAAUGGCCUCUAAGAAUCGGUAAAAAUUAAAAACAUUAAAAAUGAAUUUUUACCCAUUUAUAGAAUUAAAAGAUAUAUCAUUUUACACAAUUUUCAAUCUUUUAAUGAUUAAUUCUUAUUUAUUUCAAUUUAAGUAAAGAAAAGUUUUUAAAGACAUAUAAUGUUAUAUAUCGAAAUCCAGAAAUAUUAAAAAAGUAAUAUUUUCCCCGAUUCGUCACUAGUAUUGUCCCUUAACAUUUGAGCACGAUUGUCAUAUUUCGAAUGCUGGGUUUUACCAAGUACAUUUCUGUGUUGUAUUUUUGACAUUGCUCUGACUGUUGUUUUUUAAAUGUCGUCAGUAAUUAUUUUGUUUGUUUUUUGAACAUGACAAAAUAAGAGCAAUUUUAUUGUUCAAGAUUAGAAUAUCAUGCAACACGGCGCGCACAAAUAUUCACUGCCAAGUGGCUGUCAUCAGUGAAAAGCAAAAAAGAAAUACGCAACUCACUAAAAUCUCUACCAGAAUACAUGCUUCGAUAUCAAGAAACCAAAUUAUGACCAGGGUCAGGGUUCAUCAAAAGACUUUCCUCAGCCUACCAUUGAUACCGAUUCUCUUGAUACCAGCAGCAUGCAUUCUUUUCAGCAAAUAGUGCAGAAAAUGGAAGAGACUGAAGUGAAAACACAUGUAAAAGACGUGAUUUAUUUGGAAACAGAAAUGUCUGCUGAUUAUGUUGAUUCAAACCAAGAUACUGUAAGUGUAAGGGUUAAUGGAAAAAAAAACUGCCAAAUUUUAUCGAAUGAUUCUCCCUGAAAUGUAUUUUCGGUCUGAAAAUAUUAAAAUAUGGAGUACCUCGUUUCAGAAAAAGAACGGACUAUUCAGUGUAGUGACAAGGCAAAAUGCGAAAUCUAAAGGAGGUGUUCGUCAACUAACAAAACAAUUGAUCUAAGGGAUGAUGCAAAAUGGCGAGAAAAUACUGCGGUCGUGUAUGUUUUAUUCACUCGUUUGUCAAAAAUUGUAUUGUGUUUGCUGCAGAUUGUUUGCUGUUAAUGUUACAGAAACAACAUCCAAAUUUGUUACUGGCUAGAAUCUCUUCCAAUAAUCUUGCUAAGACUUUAUUUUGUUUCUUUUGAAAUGUGUGUAUGUGGCUUCAUGUGAGCGGAGCUUUUCAAAACUAAAGCUUAUCAAGAAAUAUUUACGAUGCACCAUGGGACAGUCUAGGCUUUCUGAUGUGGCUCUGCUAUUAAUUGAAAGUGAUACUGUGAAGGAUGUUGAUUUUGAUCAAAAUUUUGACCGAUUAGGAGGCGUCGGCCAUCGACCCCCUCGACGUUACCCGGGGAACACAACUACUGGGCUCAUCCUGCGUGGGCAAACAAAGGAUGUGCUCGGUACCUGCCGUACAUAAAACAGCUCCUAUAGGGCUGCCAGUUGUGAUAUUUCCCAACUGGAACAAUAGGCAGUGACAGGGUAGGGAUCAUGUUUACAAGUUGCCGUUAAUGGAUAUGAAGCGAGAGGCGAAGGUGGUAACCUCUGGCCGAUGAUUCUUACUACGCAGCCCUGAGAAGCUGCUCCAAGGCAACCGUUUCGUCCCAGCUGCAUCGCGAAUUAGUUGCGUUGUGGAAAACCACUGUAGAAUCCCUCUUAUAGGGCGUCUAACGCUUCCCCGGGAUGGGUGGGGGAAGAUAUUAGGACGUACAUUUUUCCAUCCUGACUCCUUAGAAAGUCGAUCGUGUGCACUGUGAGCAAACAAAGUGUCGGACCGACCGGGUGUCUUUGGGUUAGGACGGCCCCCGGCGGAGACCCUGGUCGAGAAGACUCGGGUGGGGGCUGUCCUGACAAAGGGACAUCCCCGACGCAACUGCAUAGUCAAAUAGCACUCAAUAAUUCAUUUAUCACUCAUAAAAAAUAAGAACAUAAAAUAUCAAGUUGCAAUUCGUUCAUUUUAAUAUCAAUAUCUCAAAACCCAAUUAUGUAAGAAAUUAUAACUUUGAUAUAGUUUUUAAUAUUAUAAUAAAUAACCAUAAUAUUUCAAAAAAUGGAAUUGUGCGUAUACUUAUAUAUGUAAUUUUUUUUUAAUGAAUUUAUAAAACAAUGUAUGUUAAAAGGGAACUCGGGCUUUAGCACUUUAAUUAAGUUCAAGGAUGUGCAAAAAUAUGUUGUUGCGUACGUAAUGGGCUACUAUCCCGUGGAGGAUUUUAUUAACGUUUGGUUGGGGGGAGGAAUUCGAUAACUUCAUUUUGCAACAUGCAACACAAGAUCUGCCUACAAAUGAAGGAGUCAAUAUGAUAAAUAAUAUAUAAUUAAACUUAUUUGGUGUAUACAUAUCAGAGAGAUGGAAUAGGAUGUGUACAUUCCCGUGUGGACGCAAUAUCUUUAAAUCCAGUUAGAUUACAGUCGUGAAAAUGAUGUGUUAGAUGUUCUUUUAAAAUAAAUAAUUGCGAGUUACAGUUAUGUCGGAAAAUGUGAUUUAAAGGGUGUUCACAUAUUAUGGACACUAAUUAACACAUUUACAAAAGUAUACCUAUACCUCGAAACUCAAUAAAAUUUAAAAGGAAGACAUAUGGGUUACGAGUUUCUUUAAAAAUAAUGACAGCGCAAAUUUUGAAUUUUCCAAAGUUACAUUUCAAGGUUGGGGAUUAAGGGUUGGUUCAUUUUUAUGUGGAUAACAAUAUUUUAUAUUAAAAAUGGAUUGUACAUUUAUCGUGAAAAACAUUGAAAUGUGAAUAAACGAGAUUGGGGACAUAUUUGUAGAUAAAAUAUCUAAAAUCCAAACAUUUUACAGACAUGGAAAUUUAAUCUUUAACAAAUUGAUUUCCAAAAAUAUAGUUCAUGCAUGUGAAAAUGUAAGGAUAAGGUUUUCGUUGGAAAUAUUUGUUUUUACAUUUUGCGCAGCGGACAGUUCAGGGACAUGGAAAAUUUUUAUGAUAUAAAGAAGGCCUGCACAACAUACGGCCCGCGGGCCGCAUGUGGCCCACCAGCACCCACUUUGCCGCCCGCGAAGUAACGAAAUAUUCUUUAUUCUUAUUAUUUUCUUAAUAGCUUUCCCCAUAACCUAUAUUCUUUAGGCCCGCAGAGCUCAUGUCCUAUUUUCUUUUGGCCCGCACAAGUUUUUCAUAAAGUAUUACGGCCCGCCUUACAUUUUGAGUUGUGCAGGCCUGAUAUAAAGAAUAGUCAUUUUUAGGGGUCUUUUGCAAAUUACGUCACGCUCGGGGGGGGGGGGGGGGGUUGACAUAACAAUAAAAUUUACAUCUAAAAUUUUCUAAUUUGAAAAAUAUUUAUUCAAUUAAUUUUAAAAGCAUUAUUUUGAGGUCGAAAUUGCCUCAGGUAUUUCAUGUACCGUUAAACUCAAUCGUGCACACCUUCUGCGCAUAUCUAAAAAUGUCGCAAAAAACUGUUGCGGUCGUUUUACAUUCGGCGUGGGGAUGAUUUCGUUGUUUUGCGUUUUACGUCACAGUUUUCUAAAAAUACAAAAUCACCAUUCAUUUUUGGAAAAUGUUAAAGAAUAAAAUAAAUACUAAGUUCAGUUAUGGAAAUUGUAUGUAUGUUUUGAAUUUUUUUAUGUGUGACGUGACACUUAAAAAAGGGGGGUGGAGGUUAAAGAAUUUGUGACACUUUGUAGCAGGAGGGAGGGAGGGUCUGAAAAUAUCACUUUUGCAUGAUGUAAUUUGCGAACGACCCCUUUGACUUGAAAAUUACAUAAGACAUUCGUCUUGAACAAUAAGAAUUCUGUUUUAACAAUUUUCUGAUAAUAUAGUUCAGGAGCGAAGCAGAGGUUGGGGAAAAAUUGUAUACCGAUACCAACAUAUGAAUUGGGGUUUGCGCAUGCCCAGCGAAGACGUAUGUUUGUUUACCUAUGUUUCGACGAGCAAUAUUUCUUCGAUUAUGAAAUUUCUAGUCCAUCAGAUUGUAAACAUAGUGUGGUUAUAAGCUAAAAUGAUGUUAAUACUGGUCAAGGGCUUGGCCAAAAGUUACUGUCCUCAACAUUUUUAGUUAAUCAUGUGAUUUCGGAGAUUGUGAACUUUUAUGUUGAUUUUCGGUGCCAUCUUUAUUUCCGCUUCCUGUAUUACAUGUCAGUAAAUGUCAUUAAGCUAAGUGUUUGCUAUCAGACUGCUACACACUGGAGUAACUGGAGGUAUCUUCACAUACAAUAUUACGUUUUAAAUUAUUGUAGUAGCGGCUCUGGAAAAUAAAUUGUUAUUCAGUGAUGCCAAUAGAUCAGAGGUAGAUGUUUCAUCUGACAAUCUAGACUUCAGUAAGAAAACAGUUUCCCGCACAGCGGGGGCUGGUCACUGCGUGUUUGUUGACAUUUUGCAUAGAGCAUCAAGAUCGUGCCCUGCUCAGAUGCCCUUAUGCCUCAAAAGACUUUUACUUGUACUAUUAUAUCAGGCUUGCAUCCUCCUGGCAAAUUCUACUCUCCUGAACCAAACACUGGACCGAACGUCACUAAGAAUGCUGGCUUUCCUACCUCGCAAAUACCGCUCUCGUUCUUGGUUUUUAUGUGUGAAGUGACACUAAAGGGAAAGGGGGAGGGGGGGAGGGAGGUAAAGAAUUUGUGACGGGGAAGGGUCUGAAAAUGUAUUUUUGCUUGGUGUAAUUUGCGAAUCUUUGACUUGAAAAUUAAAUCUGACAUUCGUCUUGAACAAAAGAAUUAUGUUUGAACAAGAAAUACUAAGGCUUUAAAGAUACCUAAAGGCAGCUGAUAUUGAAUUUUACAAAUUCAUGUACUGGUCAAUUUUUUUCAUGUUUUGAAAUUCAAAGCUGAAUGGGACUUCCUAGAAUCUCUUCCAAUACUCUAACCAAGCCUUCAACUGUUUCUUACGAGUUAUGUGUCUUUGGCUUCAUGUGAGCAGAGCUUUCCAAAAUUAAGGCUUAUCAAGAAUUAUUUAAGAUCCAUCCAUGGGAUGGUCAAGCUUUCUGAUCUGGCUCUACUAUCAACUGAAAGUGAUACGGUGAAGGAUAUUGAUUUUUAUCAAGUGAUUGACAGUUUUGCGGCUUUGAAGCCCAUGAAAGGAAAAUGUUAAAUAAAGUAAAUUUAAUGUAAAAAUAACUAUAGCUUGACGUUGCAACAGUUCUUAAAUACAUUGAUCUCCUGACCUUUAAAUAAUUUGUUUUUGUUAUUCUCAUUGUUAAACUGUAGCCAUACUUCAAAAAGAGGAAACCCAUCGUGGAAGGGGGGGGGGGGAGGGGGACACCAUGACUUUACCGCACCAGAUGACACCAACAAAAGCUACGCCACUGCUUACAACCAGUGAAGUAUCAUCUUCAAAACCACGCACAGUUACAUCGCAAACCCCUCUACAAACAUUGGAGCCAGAAUCAUCAAUACAUUGAUCGUGGGCCGUCAAAAUAUAGAAGGAGAAGAUAUCAAAAUCUGUUGAUGCUAAAGAUUAUUUAAAAUGGUACAUAUAUUUGUUGAUAAAGUUAAAAACAUUGAGGCUUGAAAUAUGGUUGGGUUGGCCAAUAUUAUUUAGAGGAAUAUAGUUCUCAAAACCCAUUGAUGUAUAAAUAUAUUCCUUUUUUUUAAAUUAACCAAUGUCUAAUUGCCUAUUGCUAAAUCUAUACUAAUAAAAGGCAAAGCCCUUACUCACUCACUGACUCAUCACUAAUUCUCCACCUUCCCCUGUAAAUAGAAGCCUGAAAUUUGCCAGGCUUAUUCCUUACAGCUUACAUAAAAAGUUGAUUUCAAAACUCUACGCGGACUGGUCACAACGGGGGGCCCAGAAUUCGUUUUUUUUUUCCCCUUUAAUGAGCUAGAUAAAUAAAAUUAACAACAAAAUAUUGUGAUUGCGUGUUGUUUAGAGAUUAUAUGUGUUGUUUUAUCUAUUAUGCUUAAUAUCUUGUGACGUAUUGUGUGUAAAGGGAUAUGAAGAAUUAUUAUUGUGUAGUGUUUUCUUGGAGUAAUGGCAACGGACAACAAGUUUUCUAUGCAACCGGUUAUAUGCUUGCAACGCUUGACACAGGCCGAAUGUCACUUGCACACCAGUACACCAGAUACUAAAGUAUUUGAAAGAAACAUUGAAACAUGCUUCAUCCCAACAGCACUCCAAGCUAUGACAAACCAGAAAAAUGAGGCAUGUGAGACGUCGUGGUAGAUUUUCUGAAGCGCCUAGACUGAAACUUCGCGACGCUGCCGCCAAAUAAUGCCAGAAAAAUCUAAAGCGAAAGUGAAAGGUUUCGCUAAAAAAAAAAGAUUGAGGAUUUUCGUGCGCCGCAAACAUGGAUUAUGAAUCUGACGAAGUAGUACGCAUUGGAUUCAUGGAUGUUGUCUGUGACUAUUGCCAAGCUCUCAGGUGGAAAUUCGAGUCUCCUGGUUUGUGCUCUAACGCUGGUAAAGUUUGUCUCACUCCUUUACACAAGCUCCCUCAGCCACUUAAUGCCCUCUAACCUGGCGAUCAUCCUCAAAGUGAGCAUUUCUUGAACAACAUUCGCAAUUACAACAGCGCUUUUCGAAUGACGCCAUUUUGAUGCUAAUCAUAUCGAUGAGGGAAUAAUAUGCCUUCAUUUAAAGUCCAGGGACAAGUGUACCACUUGAUUAGUAGUCUUUUACCCAUGAUGACUGUGGAACACACCUUUUUACAAAUGUAUUUUGUCAAGAACGAUGAAAUGGAAGCAGAAAUAAGGUGCGCUAAUGUUUCUGGGCUUAACAAGACCCUGGUGCGCCAAUUGAAGAAAAUGCUGCAUGAUUGUAACACUUAUAUCAAAGACUUCCAAUCCUCAAUCGACAGUAUUUCAGAUCAAGACAAAGACUUCCAGGUUGUCAUUCACGACGACAAAAAACCAUCACAUGCACACAAAGGCAGAUAUAAUCAACCUGCAGCACGUGAAGUUGGUGUUGUCAUCGUGGGGCAAACGUUCGAGAAUAGGGACAUUAUCUUGAAAAGCAGAGACCAUAAACUGCAACGCAUUAAGGCAGUGGUUGUCAACAUGUGGGUCGCGACCCCUUUGGGAGUCGCCUAAGACCAUUGGAAAACACACAUUUCCAAUGCCGAUGGUCUUAGAAACCGAUUGUUUUUGUACGGCUAAAAAACCAGACAUGUCACAAAUGUUCAUUAUGGAAUGGAGACAAAUUUGUUACAAAAUUGAGUGCAAUUUCCUUAUUUAACGACACUGUCCGCAGAAAAAUAGAUGACAUUUCUGUUGAUAUUCUUGAUUAGGUAAUCCAGGAAAUUUAAUCUACUCCACUUCCAAUAUUUAGUAUCCAGCUGGAUGAAUUUACAGACUUGCAAGUUGUUAACAGUUACUAAUUUAUGUGAGGUAUAUGAAUGAUGGCGACUAUAAAGAUAAGUCUCUUUUUGCAAACCUCUUGAAACGACAAUUACUGCACGUGAUGUAUUUGACACAAGUGGUUUAUUUCUUGAAGAUCAUAAAAUCUCUUGGCAAAAGGUUUGUGUUGUUUGCAAAGAUGGUGCUCUAUAUAUAUAUAUAGUUAUGUUAGGAUUUCUAUCAUAAUAUCUCUUGGGAAAAGGGGUUUUUGUGUUUGCACAGAUGGUGAUCGAGCUAUGCUAGCAUGUCGAUCUGGAUUUCAACGUUUUUACUGAAUGAAUCACCAAAAGUCAUCGGAACUUACUGAUGGAUUAGUCGGAAAAUAUUAGUAAUGAAGACGCUGCCACAAGAGUUACAAGAAGUAAUGAAAAGCGUCAUAAGUUCUAGGAAAAGUUUUUUUUUUGUUUUUGAGCUGAGUUUCGUAAUGAACUCAAACUUUUUUUUUUUAAUCAGAAAGCAAGACCGCCGUUCGAAGCACUUUUUAGUGAUAAAAGGGAACUGCAGAAAUAUCUUACUUGGUUGACAUCUUUGCCAUCUUGAAAUGUUCCAUAAACCGGUCUUCAAGGCGACGACCUGUCUCUCCUAUAUAUAAUUUACCGCAAUUUUUACAAAGGAUGGUGUAAAUCACGUUGCGACUUGUGAAGGUAAAGACAUCUUUUAUCUGAAUAUUUCCAGAGGGAAAAAUCUUAUCAGCUUCAAUCAAGUAUAGACAUGUGUUGUAACGGCCACGGUCGCAACUUUUGGUGCCUUUAUGUUCUUUGAUAGCAGGGAGGUGGCUUCUAUCUAGCAUGUCCCUAAGGCUCUUGUCCCUCCGGAAAGCGAAAAGAGGAGGUUUUCUGGUGACCGUGUCUGCCAUUAGAAUUGAGUGUUUUUUUCAGAACAAGAAAACGAGCUUUAAGGUUAUGGGGAUGAAAAAUUAAAAUAAAUUUAGACCUAUUCCUAGCGUCAGAAUGGGUCAUCCCCUGUUCUGUCUGAGACUCUGUUCACAAUGUAUUGGGUUUUUUUGUGUGAUUUAUCACUAUGCUUUGAUUAUGUUCAAUUUGUAACAAUGAAAAUACAUCCUGCAUAUCAGAUAUUUACGUUGCGAUUCAUAACAGAAGCAAAAUUACAGCUAUGAAACGGCAACGAAAAUAAUUUUAUUGUUGGGGGUCGCAACAACAUGAGGAACUGUAUAAAGGGGUCGCGGCAUUAGAAAGGUUGAGAACCACUGCAUUAAGUAAAGACACAUAUCCUAUGAUGCACUUAAAUAUCCCCUCAUGUUCUGUAAUGCUGAGGACGGCUAUUAUGUGUCUAUACCGCAAGUUGAUCCUGACAGUAAGUUACCUAUUAAGAAAACAGUGCCUGCAGCGAACUUCUAUUCAUAUCGGCUGAUUAUCAGACAACAUUAUGAAAAAAACUAUAUUUUUGGUCAGAAGUUUAUUAACUCAGUUUUUAGAUGAUAUGUACGCGAAAAUUGAAUCCGAAAUAAUACAUUAUAUACGACUAAACCAAAAGAAACUACGAGCUGAAAAUUACGUCCACCUGAAAGAUGUUAUUGAGAAAAACGACACUAAUUUAGCGGAAUUUGGUAAGGCUGUGAUAUUACCAUCCUCCUUCACUGGAGGACCUCGCUAUAUGCACAAGCGUACACAAGCACAAUGACCUACGUACGUAAUUAUGGCCACCCUGACUUAUUCAUUACAUUUACUUGCAAUCCUAAAUGGACUGAUAUCGCUAAAGUGCUCCUUCCGCACAAGAAACCUCACGAUCGCCACGACCUCAUCAGUCGUGUAUUUUAUCUGAAAAUUCGCAAAAUGAUAGACUUGCUCACCAAGAGUAACAUUUGUGGCUGCACAACUUGCUACAUGUACACCAUAGAGUGGCAAAAGCGAGGUCUUCUCCAUGCACACAUCUUCCUGUGGCUAAAGCGUAGGAUUAACCCAGGUGCCAUCGAUCAAGUCAUCCGUGCGGAAAUUCCUAAUCCACAGACUGACCCUAACCUCCACGAAAAAGUAAAAUUGAUUAAGAACGUAUGGACCAGGAGAGGUAUCAGCACUCAAAAUAAACUGAAAGUAUAUCAGCGGCUGUUCUCCCUACGCUUCUCUAUGCCUGUGAAACGUAGACGGUCUACCAAUGCCAUGCAAGAAUACUGAACCACUUUCAUACAACAAGACUCAGAAAAAUCCUCAACAUUAAAUGGCAGGACAUGGUGCCAGACUCAGAGGUGCUCACAAUGGCAAGUCUCACCAGCAUCUUCACAAUCUUAAUGAAGUCCCAGCUUCGCUGGGCGGGAAUGUUGUGAGAAUGUCAGAUGACCGUCUGCCCAAAAGAAUUUUUUAUGGUGAGCUUGAACAAGGAAAGCGGUUCGUUGGCGGGCAGAAAAACGCUUUAAAAACAAAAUAAAAGCCUAACUGAAUGCGUUCAACAUAAACCCAGAAACGUGGGAUGAAAAAGCAAAGGAUCGAAAUUCAUGGCGUUCCACUUUACACAGGAGCUCCUUGCAACAUGAAGUUGGCAGAACAGCGGGCGCUGAGCGCAAGAGACAUGGCAGGAAGGCCCGGUCUGAAUCUGCUCCCGGAGAUGCGCCAUCAUUCCCCUGCACCUACUGCCCAACAGAAUUUCGUUCCAGAAUCGGCCUCAUUAACCAUCUGCGCACCCACAGACAGAGCGAGCACAAAUUCUGAUGAUUAAAGUGUCAUGGUCGACUCCCGACUGACGAACAACCAGAAUCAACGAUGAUUCACGGUCCAUGCGGACCUCAUAAUAUCAACUCAACCUGCAUGAUCAACGGAAUAUGCAGUAAAAAGUACCCGCGUCUCUUUAUAUCGGAAACUCAGACGGUGAAGAUGGUUACCGUCAGUACCCAGUCACGUGCCGUCUGAAGGAGGUCAUGGCCGUUACAUUAAUAGUUCUGAGGCAGCCUGGUGCAUCUCCUGUUUCCCCAUUCAUGAACGUUACCCCCCCCCCCGGUCGUUCAUCUUGCUGUGCAUCUUGAGAACGGACAAAGAAUUUACUUCACACAGGCCAAUGUUGUCGAUAAAGUACACAAUCCAAGUUACAUUAAUAGUUCUGAGGCAGCCUGGUGCCUCUCCUGUUUCCCCAUUCCUGAACGUUACCCCCCCCCCCCGGUCGUUCAUCUUGCUGUGCAUCUUGAGAACGGACAAAGAAUUUACUUCACACAGGCCAAUGUUGUCGAUAAAGUACACAAUCCACCACAGACGACUCUUUUAGCGUUCUUUGAACUUUGUAACAAUGAUGAUUUUUGAAAAAGAAAUUUAUUAUUAUGAAAUUACGUCAUGUUAUGUGUGGACAAACAACAUUUUUCGUCGAAAGUAGCAGGGGAAAACUGUGCCGGCGGUUUUGGGUGUGAAAAAGGAUAAUGUGCUGGGUCGGGACUAUACUGUGCACCCGAAUAACUCAGAAUGUUACCAUCAUCGGUUGCUUCUCUACAAAAUCAAAGGUCCCACGUCGUUCGAAUAUCUCAGAACAGUUAAUCGUGCUCUACAUCCAACCUAUAAGUCGGCCUGCACGGCACUGGGUUUGUUACAGGACGACAAAAACUGGGACGAGACUCUACUGGAAGCUGCUUUCUCUCGCUCACCUCAAAAGAUCCGUGAGCUUAUUGAUGUCAUGCUGGACAUCUGCCAAAUGGGAAACCCCUUAAAACUAUAGGGAAAACAUUAAGACAGCAUAUCAGAAGAUGUUAUGAGACAGAGUGAAGAAGAUCAUAUAGAAACAGAAGUCCCCCAGCACUUGUAUUUGAUCUAUAACAGGUGUCUGAAGUUGCUUGAAAAACUACGUGACUGCUAUUGGAGGUCAAGCUCUUGAUCAUUACGUUUGCCCGACACCUUCCAGAGAACUUACAGAAGUUACGUCAAAUUCCGAAUACUUGAAAGAGACAUUUUACAACACCUCGCAAUCGGCCAACAUAGGUACAGAAAACGAGCUGCUGUUAAAUGUUCAGCACAAGACAGUUUAUGAGCAAGUCAUGAGGAGCGUUGCCUCGACCACUGGCUCGGUUUUUUUUCUUGAUGCUCAAGGCGGGACUGGUAAGACAUUCCUCAUAAACAUCCAGAUUGCAAAAAUCUGAGCGGAUGGAAACAUUGCUAUAGCUGUGGCUUCAUCUGGCAUCGCUGCCACUCUUCUACAGGGCGGAAGAGCUGCUUAUUCAGCUUUUAAGCUACCUCUGAACCUCAGCCAUACUGACAUAUCAAAGCAGAGCAACAUGGCUGAAGUGCUCAGACAUUGUAAGUUUAUUGUCUAGCAUGAAUCCACUAUGGUGCACAAAGGGAUUGCUGAGGUUUUAGACAGGACGCUCAAAGAUAUCCGUAACACCAACAAGCUAAUGGGAGGUUAGACAGUUCUGCUGGCUGGAGACUUCCGGCAAACCCUACCGGUUGUGCCAAGAGGAACACGCGCUGACGAAGUUAAAGCAUGUCUUAAAUCUUCAUACUUUUGGCCUCAUUGUUCUUUCUUUGACAUUACAUAUGAGGGUUCGUGUGAAAGGCGACAAAAAAAGCCGCAGAUUUCUCUAUUCUUCUUAAUGGUAUCGGUGAUGGCGGCUUCAGUCAAGAAAAUCGUAAAAUUACUGUUCCUUCAAAUCUCUGUUUCCUCAUGAAUACCUUACCAGACUUGCUUAAACAUGUUUACCCCAAUCUACGAAAUCUCCACGAAAAAGAAGUGUCAUGGUUAAGGGAGGGAGCUAUCUUUACACCGAGAAAUCACGUGACUACAACUAUAAAACACACUUUACUUCAAGAAAUACCUUCAGAAUCUAAAACAUAUCAGUCUGUGGAUUCAGUUGUGGAAGUGGAAGAUGCAGUGCAAUAUCUAGCAGAGUUUCUCAACUCGCUAAAUCCUCCUGGCACAGACCCUACGAAAAGUUGGCUUUGAUUUUGAGGUAGGAUUGCUUUUCGGAUCGCCAACUAUACCUUGCAUGCUGAAGAGUGAGCUCAGCGCACAACUUGAUCGUACUAAAACCGGAGGGCCAAACUGACAACGUUGUAAACAAAGAGAUCUUUAACUUAUAACUAUGAGUUAAAUUCGCUCAUUUUAUUGAUAAUUUCUUACUAUUUACAAUAUAGGGUUGCUGAAAUUUGUCGGUAUUUUGUGUUUGAAGAUAAAAUACAUCAAAACUCGAUUCGGUUAGAUGUUUUUGAAUUGGAUUUUUUGCAAGAACAUGUGGAAAGUAGAACAAUAUUCUGUAUUGUAUUAACCCGGUUACACCGGAUCAUAUAUUAUGGUAUAUAAGAAUGAGCUAGGUCGGAAAACGCAUUAGUCAAAAGAGCAAAAAUCAGUAGCAGGACGAUUAAAACAUUUUUGAGAGCACAAUUUCUUUUCAAGAACCAUAUUUUUAGGAGUAAAAAACGAUUUGUGGUCAACUGGCCGAGUGGCGCUCAGGUCGAUAAAGAGCCCCAUGCGACACUCGACCAGUGUUUCUUCCUCGGGGUGGGGCGGGGGCAUUUCAGAUUUUCGGGGGGUGCCAUUUGCCGGUGGCAAGACGCGUAGCUAAGUGAUAGAAGUGUUUCUUUCAGAAAUUUUCCCUCGGGGUGGGGCGGGGGCAUUUCAAAUUUUCAGUGGGUUGUGCCAUUUGCCAGUGGCCAGAGGCGUAGCUAAUGGGUGGUAGAUGGGGCAUAUUUCACGGGGCACCAGACUAGCGGGGAGGGGGCAAAAUGGUCUUUGAUGGUAUUUAAUGGUUGAAAUUAAAAAGUUUAAGAGUUAGGGGUGUGAAAUGAAUCUUGUCCCUUGACGCCAAACACUAUAGAUACCCAUCUGCUAGUGGCGUCGAAAUAAGGUGGAUGGGGUGGUCACUUUUUCUUUAUAUGCAGGUGUGGCAUUUUCGGACAACAACCUUUUUAUCUUGAAAGGGAGGACGGUAAAAAUAUUUCCCCGCCCAUGGCGGCACUAAUAGUAGCUGCCCCACCAGGCAGUGUAUAUAUCGAUACCGAAAUCUGGGAGCAUUUUCAUCUGGAAGUAGGGCGGAAAUUGAGGGUGCCGAUGAAUCUUGAUUGGUGGAGGGGUCUGGACCUAUAUCAAAGUCAAGAGGUGUAUUUUGAGAAUAUUUGAAUUCAAAGUUUUUAUAUUACUUUUUUUAACGGGGGGGGGGGGGGGGGGGUUUUUUAAGGUUUUUUUUGGGAGGAAUCAUGGCGCCCAGUGACAUACAUAAACUGCAUUCACUCAGUUAUUGACAUGUCCCAGAGCAAUCAUUAGUCACAAGCUUAUCAUCAACCCCAUACGGAACCAUUGAUCAGCAUCAGUGAAGGGGUGCAGACAUUUAGGGUGCUAAAGACAGUCAGGCAAACUCAAAAGGCAGAGGUACAUUUUGGUGCAUACUUGAAUUUGUUGUGUCUUUCAUACAAUUUUGAGAUUUCAUUUCAAACUUUCGGGUGGCGAGUGCCAAAAUUAGCCAUAAUAAUUAUCAAAGUCAACUUAAAUUUGGCUCCAGUGAGACGUAAACUAUAUUCAUUCUACGUGGGUCACCCUUGAACUAAACACUCAGAUACAUAAACGUAUAACUAAAAUUUGGAAAGAAGAGAAAUUUCCAACAGAAUAAAAACAGCAUUAAUAACCUCAAUACACAAGAAAGGCUCCAAACUUCAGUGCACAAACUACAGGGGAAUCUCCUUAUUAAAUGUUUCAUACAAACGACUGACGAAGCUAAUUGACAAAAGACUAAAACCGUACACCGAAGAAAUACUAGGUGAUUACCAAUGUGGAUUCAGGCAAAACGAAUCAACGACUGAUCAGAUUUUCAUCAUCAGAUGCCUAUUAGAAAAAUGUUAUGAAUAUAAUAUCCCAGUACAAAAACUAUUUGUUGAAUAUAAAAUGACCAAUGACAACAUCAAAAGAGAAUAUCUGUAUGAGAUUCUGCAAAAGUUUGGCAUGCCCAACAAACUGAAAAGACUGAUAUAUGUAAAAUUGAACAACCUAAAAAGCAAAAUGAAGGUUCAAGGAGAAUAUUCAAGGGAAUUUCAGAUUACGCUAGGCCUACGACAAGGAGACUCACUGUCUUGUAUGCUAUUUAACCUAACAUUAGAGAGAAAGGUAUAAAAAGCAUACAUGUUGACACCCGAGGAAUACUAACAGCAAAAUCGAAGUCCCAUAAGCAAUGGACAUUCUCUACAAAGAACCCCUUCAGUAUAUUGGAUAUGCUGAUGACAUAGCACUGACAGGGAAAAGUAUUAAAGACAUAUCAAAAUCCUUUACUGAAUUAGAAGACGCAUCACUACAAGCUGGGCUCGAAAUUUACAACCAAAAAAAACAAAAUACAGAGAGAAGAACAGACAGAUGAAACCAUUAAAAUUAGAAACCACACUUUUGAAAAAGUGAAUCGAUUCAAAUACCUAGGAUCUUUAUUAAAUGAAAGAAACAAAUUACUAGCAGAAAUAAAAGAAAGAAUAUCAGCUUGAAACAGGGCAUACUUCAGUAGUCAGGAAAAUACUCUAAAUAAAAACAUUACAAGAGAAACAAAGAAAACAUUUAUAAAAAUGUAAUCAGACCAGUUGUUACAUACGCAAGGGAAACUUGUACCCUAACAAAAAUGGCAGAAAACCUAUUAAAUGCAUGGGAGAGAAGUGUUCUCAGGAAAAUAUAUGGACCAACAAAGGAUGAAUAUCGAUGGAGAAUACGAACCAACCAGGAAUUGUACAAUCUAUAUUAGGAUCCACGAUAAUAGAAAUAACAAAGGGCAGCCUACGCUGGGCAUGACACUUCGAGAAAAUGCCAAAUGACAGUGGAGUGAAGAGGGUGCAUCACCAAAACCACAGAGGCAGACCUAGGCUUAGAUGAAUGAAUGUGGAAAAAGAUCUACAACAACGUUGCAGGGUGCCUCAGAUAUUUUAUGGGUUUAUACAUGUAAUGAGGAUAUUUUCUCAAUGCAGGGUGGAAUGACCUGCCUGUGUUAUGAAAACAAAAUAUUUCUAUAGUACUAAAAAUAGCAAUAUGGCAUUUAUUUUUAUUUACAUUAUUUUUGGGGAUAGCUACUUAAUUAAUAAAUUAAUGUUAAACACCCCCCAAAAAAUAAUCAGGGUUCUAUCAAUAAAAAGCACCGCAGACAUUAUUGUAUAUGUUUCAAUGCAACUGGACAAAUUUAAUUAUUAUCAUUAGACUGAAUUUUUCCAAAUUUUACCAGAGACAAAAAAAAAAAAAAAAAAAAAAAAAAAAAAAAAAAAAAAAAAAAAAAAAAAAAAAAAAAAAAAAAAAAAAAAAAAAAUAUUUUUCAAUGCAACUGGAAAAAUUUAAUUAUUAUCAUUAGACUAAAUUUUUCCAAAUUUUACCAAAGAAAAAAAAAAAAAAAAAAAAAAAAGCCGGUUAAUUGGAAAGUUCAUUUUUAUAAAUAUUAUAUGAACGGCAUAACUAUUUUAAGAAGCAAUGAGUUGAUUACAAAGACAACAAUAUUAAUAAUGUUUGAUUUUAUCUAAAAGAAAUCCUAUGCAAUUCAUAAAUUAUAUAUUUCCCAAUAUUCAAUAUUGAUUGAAAUGUUUAUUUGUAAUUUCAAAAUACUAUAACUUUUUUAAAAAUAAAUUACAAAUUGCCUCUUAGAUAUACUUUACAACAUUUUUUACCAAAUCCAGAGAAUUUAUUUUACAUUGAACAAAUUAGGAAAUCUAAAACUAGUACUAAAAGGUUUUUUUUAUAAAUUGAAUUGACAAUCGAAAUGCUAGUUAACAAAAAUCUUUCCCUUUUUUCAGCUUUCUGAUAGAUUCCCAUCUAGAAAUAACACAGUUUUUAUUUUAAUCCCCCCCCCCCGAGAUAUGCCUGAGAGAAACCCUGCACACAUGUCAUCAAUGUAUNAAAUUUAAUUUAAAAUCGAAAAGCUAGUUUACAAAAAUCUUUCCCUUUUUUCAGCUUUCUGAUAGAUUCCCAACUAGAAAAAACACAGUUUUUAUUUUAAACCCCCCCCCCCCCGAGAUAUGCCUGAGAGAAACCCUGCACACAUGUCAUCAAUGUAUGUACUUUUUUUCUCAGUUGUUCUAAUUUUCAAUGAAAUAGCAAAACGAGGUUUGUGGAAGCUGAAAUUAAAGAACAGGACAAUAAGAUUAGAACGUUUCGACAUAGAGCCUUCCUCAGCACACAGGACAAAUGAAAAUAUAACAAGGAACAGAGCACAGUAAACAACUCAAGAAAUGGAUCGUAUUUCGAAACGAAUUGCGUCACUCUACCAAUUGUUAGCUUUGUAUCUUAAACAUUUAAUAACUUUAAAAAAAAUUAAAUUCCUAUAAGAAAUAAUAGCAACUUACAGUUUUAAAAAAUGCUGCUCAAUCCAUGUAUCAUAUUUAAAAAAAAAAAUAAUAUAACAUUGUAAACAAAUGUUUAUAUGAUAUUUCUAUAUAGAGGACAUUUUUAACCAAGCACCUAUGCUAUAGUUAUUUAUUAUAUUAUAGUGCAUGUGUUAUCAAAAGUGUUAUUUAUUUCCCUCAGAAACUGUUGCAAGUCGCAUGAUUCCUAGAAUCAGGCUGAAAAUGUAUUAUUUGAAAAAAAAAAUGAAAAAAGUAAUUAAAAACUAAGAAGAAUUGUAAUCAACAUAAAGAUAUAAGGAAAUCAUUUCUUGUUCUUCUGCUAUAUUUUGAGGGCCCACGUUCAAUGAAUUGAUCAUUCUGGCUCCUAUGUUUCAGAGGGGUUCGUAAUGUAACUGUGCAUGGUUUUGAAAGGGAUGCUUCACUGUUUGCAAGGGCUACUCAGCCAAAGGCAGGUCAAGCAAAAACAUCAGCCCGGGUGGAUGAGACUCGACAACCUUGGUCCGCAACUCAUCUAAGAGAAGGAAACUCUGAAUUCAAACCCGGAGUUGGAGUCCCAUAAGGCGCAUACAAUGACAAUUCCUGCAACUGUACCCAUCCCUGAUCGUCCUGACGUAGAGUCUUGCCACUGGAUAUGGUGGGCCCGGACGAGAGAGUGAGGUUGACGCCGCGCAACUCUUCCUAACCUUAAACAAAAGUCACUAGCGCAAGUCAUCAGUCACCGGACGACUCGAUGGUCAUCGUCGAUCCUCGACGGACGAACAACAACUCAGCAAUGGUAUUAUGAACUUUUUGGGGUUGGAAGACAGGAAGCAAUAGACGCAAAUAUGUGAAGUGUAGUCGCCUCAAUUGUUGCUUUUGGAAGCCUGUCCCUUAUUGUCUUUGGCAGGAAAGAGGAACUCCUGUACUGAUUUCUUGUUUUUGUGAGCCAGAACUGCCUGUCGUGGCAUCGUCGCUGUCUAGGGGCGAGAGGGACUGGCUUCUGUUUAAUGCUGGAACAGUGGACCAGCACAUUUUUAUCUUGUACAUAAUGGAGUGCCUGGAUAGUGGUCAUCGUUCCUCCAAUUGUGACCAGCCCAGUGUUUCUAGCAUGCUGACAACACUUUGGGAUUUCCGUAGCGGUUCAGGACAAAGCGUGCUGCCCGUUGCUGCACCGCCUCAAACCUGUCGAUGCACUUCUGGAGGAAUGGGUCCCGGACUGAAGAUGCGUACUCCAAAAGCGGCCGGACAAAGGCUUUUUGGGCUCUUUCUUUAAAACUUGAGUUGCCAAUCUUCAGAUUUCGCCGUAGGAACACUAGAGUCAUUUUGAAGUACGAGCCUAAUGGGAUGUUCUAUAUUUAUUAACCACCAUAGGGGCACACAUAAAUCGGCCAGGCGGACCGUGUUAAGGACCGAUACCGGCUCGAAUUCAGCCCACGGGGUCUAUUAUAGUAAAUUAAUUUUUUUAAAUCUCAGAUAUGAAUAUAAGAAAAACUUGACGAAUGUUUAUAUUUUAAAAUAAAUAAAAUCGCUUGAUUUUUAAAUUGCAAACUAUAAUUUAACACAGCACAUAAAAUUGAAGCGUUUUAUCUUGAACAUUGAAUUACUUGUAACUGUUCACCCCAAAAAAUGCUCAAACUAAUUCAAUUUAAAAAGGAAAAAACGGAAACUUAACUUUCAAAAUAAUUUAAAUAGGAAAUUUACUAAUCAAGGAGUUACAUUUUUAAACUACUUUCCCCAAGCCUGAUUACGUUACACGUUGACCUUUGGUAUUAAAGUUGUUUUUAAAAUAAAAAAGAAAAGAAAAUUUUAAAAAUACUUAAUUAAGAAAAUGUUAUAUAUUGCAUGGUUAAGAGUUUGGGACAUAAAAUUCUAAUAUAAUUUAGGGUUGGGGCCAAGUGCAUGAUGGUGGCGGUACCAAGGGGGAAACAAUCCCGGAGGUGCUAUUAUUAAUACGAAAUAAUGUAUUUAAUAUUCUACCGCAAACACAUUUACUGGUAGGAAAGAGGAUAUGUACAUUUUUAUUUGACUAACUGUAUAUUUAUAUCCGAUCAUAUUACAGUUGUGAAAAGAGAUUUGUAGAUUUCCUUUCAAAAUAAACAAUACGUGUUACAGUAAUGUUGGGAAAAGCAGUUGAAGGGCGUUAAAAACACAUAAGUAUACCCAUAUUUCAAAACCAAAUGAAAUUGAAAAGGGGGCAUUAGUGUAUAAGAUUUCUUUACAACUAAGGACAUCGUAAUGUUUUUCUCAUUUUUUUUCAAAUAUACCGGUACAGUUCAAGGUCGAGUAUUUUGUCGAUAAAAAUAUCUAAAACAACCAUUCAUUUUACUGGCAUAAAAUUUAAAUCUUUUUUUAAAAAAAAAAGGAUACAGCAUUUUUUUGUUUUAUUUCCCCAAAAUACAGGUCAGAGGCUUAAACACAUGUUGGCAUGCCUCCAUACAUCAAAAUGUAAGGCAGGCCAUAAUACUUUAUGAAAAACAUGUGCGGGCCGAAAGAAAAUAGGACAGGAGGGAAAAGCUAUUUAAAAAUUAUCAUUAUAAAAAGCAAGAUUAUUUCUUUACUUCGCGGGCCGCAAAUUUGGUGCUGGUGGGCCGUAUGUGGCCCGCAAGCCGUAUGUUGUGCAGGCCUGUAUAUGGGUAAUAAUUUUCUUUAAAUAUAAGGAAAUAUUUGUAUUUCCAUUUGCACAACAUACAGUGUAGGAGCAUAGGAAAUGUUUAUGAGCUGUAGAAUAGUUGUUACAACACUAGACUUUUAAACGUGAAAAUUGGAUGAGAGAAUCGUCUUUAUAUAUAUAAGAAUGAGCUAGGGUAUCCAUAUAGCGCUAUAAAACUAAUUAAUUUAAUUACUGAAAGAAACGAAUUAAUUUAAAUACUAAAAAAAGGGGACGCAAAAAAAAAAAAAACAAAAAAAAAAAAAAAAAAGAACAAAAAAAAAAAAAAAAAAAAAAAAAAAAAAAAAUAUGUAGAAAGAAAGCAUUCGUCAGAGAAAAAAAAACAGAAUAAACAGAAUUUUUUUUUUUUUUUUUAAAUAGUAGUUAGCAAUUUUUUUUAAAAAUAAAUUCGAACAGAUACUCUGCACUGUGCAGCCGGAAGAUACAGUUUUUAUUAUAUAUACAUCCAUAUUUUUUAUUCGAUUCAGAUCUAUAUUUUUGUCUUCUAAUUUUUACGUAUAACUAUUGAUUUACAUAACUUACCGAUGCAUACCUGAUCACGCUAGACAUGCAUGUAAAUUUCGUGGUGCAUACUGCGCAGUAAAUGUGCUUAAACUAAAUAAAUCUCAUAUUUCUAGUUUAGUAUAAAUGUAGAAGCUAAUUAUUUUUAAUAAUGUAAUGACUGUACCGGUCAGUUAAGGGAAUUGUCAGCGUCAUCGCUUGCUAAGAAAAAGUGUAGAUCAAAUUUUAAAACGGAAUGGCUCACUGAAUUCGUGCAUGCAGCACGGACCGUCAAACUGAGCGAUAUUUUCAAAUAUCUUGAAAUCGAUUAUGAUGUUGUCUUUGAAAUGUGCUUCAAAGCUAAUGAGAAAGCUCCACAAGAAAAUGAUGUGAGGAUUGGAACGCUGGAUCAUCUUAAAAGACAUAUUGAGCGAAAAAUUCGCGCAGAUGAUGUACAGUGACUUCAUUCUAUACAGUCAGAAGGCGUACUGCAAAUGCUUACAGAUAGUGUCGCUGAUCGAGGCAUGAGACAAGAAGCAGCACACUGUAAAAGUGCUAAAGAAGACGAAGUUAAAAUUUUGAUUGACAACGUCCUCUUAGCUAUCAACAUGAACACAUGUAUGUAUGCGAUUCAAUACAUACACAACCAUAUGGCUAAGUAGGCCCCAUUCUCUGAUAUCUAGCACAGUCAGAAUCAUGCUUUUGAGUUUGUUCAUUCUAUCGAUUCUGGAGUGAAUGAUGCUACAAUUUGUGAACUUCGCAAUGCAAAGUGCCACACAUGAACAGUAGAGGAGAGCACUGAAAUAUCACUGAAAAAAUUGAUCUUAUACGCAAAGUUUCGGCCAUAUCCCGGUGAUGUUUACAAGACAGUGUUUGUUCGAAUUUUGUCUCUUUUGCAUGUGACAGUAAAUCUGAGGAUCAGCCAGAACAGAUUUUUAUCAAGAGAAUUCAUUGGACAUGCAGAAAAUGGUUGUUUACCUCUAAUGGUGCAUCUGUUAUGGUAUACAAAAACGGUGGAGUUGCAGCAAUUAUUCAACGAUGUAUUCCACAUCUACUGGAACGAUAUUGCGCUGUUCAUCAUGAAGAUUUAGGCAUCGAUAAUGCUUGAAAACAUGUAAGUUUAAUGGCAGACAUUGAAACGUUGCUUAGGACAGUGUACACAUUGUUCAGUAGGUCGACAGUACGGAAAGCCCAGUUUACGGAACUAGCUAAGAUGUUGGAAUGUGAGACCAUAGCCUUUAGACCAUUGAAUGAAAUCAGAUAGCUUUCGCGGCACUUUGCUUUACGAGCGUUGCUGAGAAACAUACAAGUGUUGACUGAAUACUGUGAGGAGCAGAAGCGCCUGUAUAAUGAUUCAGUUCAUAAGAACUGUUUGAAAAACUAAGGGAUCCGCAGUUUCGAACUGCACUGAUUGUCUUUGAUGUAGUUGUUGGUGAACUUUCUGAAUUAUGCAAGCUGCUUAAAAUAAAAAAAGUCUUACGACCAUCGAGGCAUACCGGUUUGUAAAAGCAAGGAUCGCUAAGCUCCGUACCCAGUAUCAUGGUGAAAAUGUACAGUAGUCCAAAGAGGUUGCUGAAUUGCUUGCACAUGACGAGGACACUUGCAUGAGUUCCAUCCUAAAAUUUGUUGAAUGUUUAUGUGUGCACCUGGACUCUGGUUUUCCUGAAAGGGAGUUGAUGCAGUGGUGAAUCUUUGAGAUAUCAGCGUUAAUCAACAUUUCAGAUUUUAAUUUUGGCCAAGAAGAACUUGCAGCACUGUUUGCUAUAUAUGCAGCAAUCCUGGAAAACUAUGAUGACAUUCUGCAGAAAGUUAAGGAUCAGUAUCGUACCUUAAGGUUUGUGCUUGACGAGAUGGUUCGAUUUGAACGAAAUGAGGAGCAAUUCGUUGACAUUGCCAUUCCGUUGGAUAUUUGUGCUACAUUUUUGCAUCAAGCACCGAAUGUGAACGUGGAUUCAGCCUAAUGAACAAUAUAAAAAUAAAGACUAGAAAUAGGCUUGAAGGGUUACAUUGAGACAUGCUGAUGAGGAUUAAAUCAUAUCAGAAUGGUGGACAUCAGAUCAUCCUUGACGAUGUUUAUAAAAGAUGGAUAUCGUUGAAAGACAGACGCCAGAGUACCUCCAGAAACGAGUCAAUGAAAUGACUAGCGGCGAUUGGUAGUGGGCGUGUUGGAAUUUAGUUGCUUGACCCAAUGACGGGAUAAAUAAUAGAAAUAAAUAUAUAUUUGAUUGAACUAUUGUCACAUUUCUGAUUAUAACUAUUUAAUUAUAGUUCCUUUAUUUAUUUACAUACAAGUUUUUGCACUUAAGUUCAUUUAUGUAAUUUCCGUGUGUUUGUGCUUGUGAGCUGUAAAAUUUUGCACACAAUAAAUUGAUGCUGUAAAACUUUGCACACAACUGUAUGAUUUUGCACUCAAACCAGCAAAUCUUAGAGGGAACAUUGGCCUGGAUUAUAUUGCAGAUAAAUAUUUCUCAAAACUAAAUGACAUUAUAAACGUAAAUAACAAUACAUAGAGACUUCUUUUUAAAAGAAGGAAAGUCCGAUUGAAUAUUUCUGAAAUAUACAUUUGAAGGGCUUUGAAUAUUGUCGUUAUCAUUUUUCAGCUAGGUACGUACAAUUUUGAUUGUUAGAUGAUAUGACCUUGCAAUAGCAGUUAUAAAGUAUCGCAAAGGGCCUUCCAUAACUAUCCCGGUUACAUCUGGUCAUAUAUUCUAGAACUGUUUUUAACGGUUUAAAAUAAUAUUUUUCAGGAGCGAGACAGAUGUUGGCUAAAUUUUUAAUGAAGACAUCAAUAUACCAAAAUCUAUUCAUGCUACAUAUAUUUAAAAUAGUAGAUAUACAAUUUUAAGUUACGGACAUAUUUUUACAAUGUUCACAAAAUUAGUUUUCUUUGUUUUUCAUAUGUUUGAAAAUGGUUCAGUUGGCCUAUAUAAUUUAGAAAAACAUUAUCAAAACCCAAUGAUUUGAGAAACAUAAAUAUUUAAAUAUUAAUUAUAAUAAAGAAUUUCUAAUUUUCUAUUACCUAAAUAUACAUUUCAAGGGCGUUGAAAAUGAUAAUUUUUGAGGAUACAAUGUAGCAACAAUCGAUUAAUUUAAUUUCGAAAAAAUGGAUUUUUAGAUGUUGACUCUUAGAAAGAACGACAUGUGGAAGAUAACUUUAGUAACGCAAUGUGCCCUCCAUCAUUAUCCUAGUAACACCGUAUCAAAUAUUCUAUUUAAAAAAUUGUUAAACAAAUAUCAUCUCGUCUUUAUUUUUAACAGAUAUGACGCUACAAUGACGUAUUCCUUUCCCAAAAAUCUCUAUUCCCCUGUACUUUGGCCUUUCACCCUAGACUACGGGUACACGUUGGUCUGUAAUAUAGCUCGCUGUCCUCAACAUAAGUAUCCCGGACUGUGGAUCCUACCUGUCGUGGUCCUCAUGGAUUACCGAGAGCAGAAACCUUGUGCCUAUGUUGAUGAUUGUGCCAACAUGCCCAGAGAUAAAAAUGAGGCUUACCAGGUAAAGUAAAAUUAUAAAAUUGUAGCAAAAGUAUUAAAAUAUUUAUUUGGUGAAUAUGAACCGUAAAAAAAGUCUAUUACAUAAAACUAUACUGUUUUUUUUUUCCUUAAAGUUUUUUUUUUUUUAGUUUACAAUCAAGUAUAAACGUUAGCAAGUUUAAAAAAGAUAUUUUUUUUGUUAACGCUGGAUCCUUUGUUUAUUCUUACUGGUUAAUUAUGGAUAUAUUUCCUAUUCGUUGAAAUAAUAUCUCAAUAUAAUAGUGUAGAUAGAAAUAAUGAUACAUUUUGGCCAAAUAUAUUACUGAAGCGCAGAUUUCAGUGAAGCAUAUAGCAGUAUAUCUUAAUUAUAUCAAAGACAGAACAACUGAUUACAAACAUUAUACUUUAAAUGUUUAAAUACCAGAAAGUGUUUCAUUAGAAUGUCGAACUUUUGGGCAAGGCGCGAUUUCAGUGCUAGUGAUACACAUCAUUUCCUUAGGUGAAACAACUAGAUGAUGGAUAGAAACGACCCAAAUAGACGGAUGAUGAUGAUAUGAAAGUUAAUUUGUAUUUUGAUAUUAUUUGUUUAAUACAUAAUAAUGUCUAAUGAUCUGUACAUGUUAAAACAAAUGCUUUCAACCAUUUUAAAAAAACGAACAUUUCAAGAUCAGCACAGUUUUUUUUUUUUUGUUUAAAGUACCCUUUAAAAUCAUUCUUCUUGCUUUCAGAUGUUGUGGAAGAAUUUUCUCAGAAACUAUCGCAGCAAUCGUGCUCCUUUAUAUCUUAAUCUGCAUUCUCCGUAGCUUUCAACCAUUUUAAAAAAACGAACAUUUCAAGAUCAGCACAGUUUUUUUUUUUUUUGUUUAAAGUACCCUUUAAAAUCAUUCUUCUUGCUUUCAGAUGUUGUGGAAGAAUUUUCUCAGAAACUAUCGCAGCAAUCGUGCUCCUUUAUAUCUUAAUCUGCAUUCUCCGUGGCUCAAUACGGAAUAUCAACUAGAUGCCAUGGAUGAAUUCAUUGAAAAGAUGACAACAAUGGACGAUGUUUAUCUUGUAACUGUCACUCAAGCCUUGCAAUGGCAAAUGGAACCCACUUCCUUGGAAGACUUACACGAAUUUAAACCAUUUCAGUGUCCUCAAUUUGAGCCUAAUAUGGAAGAUCGCAAAGUAUGUAAAUUUACGUUUAAGCCAAAUACAGCUGUGGAAACUCGCCAUGAGAAGGAAGUAAGUCACAACUCUGAUUCAGUCCAUCAUUCAAGCAAUAAGUAUUUUAAUCAAAAUCACAAUAAGCUCAACAAUGAGAAUGACAAUGUCAUUCAAAAUACUACCCCUAAGAAGAACAUUAUAAAACAUUUUGGGUACAUUGAUAAGAGCUCUGUGACAGGAGAUGAAAAGGCGUCUCAUGGCAAGAUAAAGGAAAUCGAUAACAAUCAGAAUGAUGAAAACAUCAACAUUCACCAUAACCACAAUCAUCGCACUCAUAAACCAUGGUUUUUAAAAGGGUCUGCUUCUACUUUUCAAUUGCACUUUUCUGUAUUAACUAGUCAUUUUUUAUUUAUUUAUUAUGUCUGCAAGCAAUUCAAUUAAUACGUACUUACAAAUCGAUUUAACUGCAACAAUAAAUAUUUGGCCAAUGCCAGUUUAACUACGAUAUUUGCUACAUAUUUGGUUUGUCCAGUAGUACUUGUAAAUAUAGACAGUUGUGUUUUAACUAGAAAAUAGCAUCCGAUGUUAUCGAGAUAAUAAUUGCAAAGUCUUUGCGAUAAUUUCUACAUGCUAUUGCGAAAACUCAUCAGUCAUCACAAUUCUUUAUCUUAAAAAGAAGUAGCUAUGUAUAUGUUUAAGUUUCUAACAUCAUUAAAAGUUUAAAGAAGUAUAUUUCUGCUAUAUAUUAUAAGCCUAACCUACCCCUUUUCGUGCCCCUAAACUAAUUUUUAAUCACUAAUUAAAUCAUUAUUGUCACAAGAGGAGUUUAUUGACGGCUGAUUUCUGCGCUAGAGAAACACUUCAGAUUCCAUGUGUUAUUAGUUGUUAAAUGUUGGGCCUACUUACGACUUUUCGUGCCCUUCAAACUAUUUUUUCCUUUAAAAAUUGAGAAAAAUUAAUCUUAAAUUUACAACAAAAACUCUCUACAGUC